UAAAAGUGUAAAACUGGCCUGGAGAGAUGGCUCGGCGGUUAAGAGCACCCGACUACUCUUCCAGAGGUCCUGAGUUCAAUUCCCAGCAACCACAUGGUGGCUCACAACCAACUGUAAAGAGAUCUGAUGCCCUCUUCUGGUGUAUCUGAAGACAGCUACAGUGUACGUAUAUAAAAGUGUAAAAUUCAGAGUAUUCUAAGAUGUGGUGCUCAGGAAGGAUGCAAGUAGUUGGCACUACUGUAGGAGUUGGGUCUUGGCUAAUAUGAAUGAGAAAAAUAAUAACAAUCUUGGACAUUUGGGGAAGACAGUUACUUUGUGCUAGGCACACACUGUACUAAACAAUUUUACCUGUAUUGACUCAUUUUAUUUUAGUUUGAAUCAGUCUCUCUGUGCAGCCCAUGCUGGCUGGCCUCAAACUCACAGUUAUCUCACCUUUUCCUCUCAGUUGCUUCAAUUACAGACAUGUUAUCCCACCCCCCAUUCCCUCAUUUGUUUUGUUCUGUGUUUGAGACAGGGUCUUAUAUAGCCUAGGCUAGCCUUGAACUAGUUAAUUAUGGGAGGGUGGAUGUCCUUGAAUUCCUGAUCACACUACCUCUGCCCCCAGGAAUUGGAAGUAUAGGUAUGCUCUACCAUGUCUAGCUUAUUUAAAGUUCUUUAGAAGCCUUACAAGGUAAGUACUGUUAUUUCCACUUCAUGCAUGAGAAAAGUGAGUCUCUGAGAAACUAGGUCAUCCGCAUGGUAUUAAUGCAGCUAGGCUAGCCCAGAACUAGGCAAGCCAAGACUCACCCUGUCAUAACAGUCUUUCUUGACAGUAUCCUCCACAUAACUUCUCAGCUGUUUUUUCAACUCAUUAGCUUUUAAAAUGUCUGCCAUUUCAAAGGCAAAAACAUAAGUUAGGUCAUAAUAACUCUAAAAUAUAUUAUCUCCCUACAGGAAUCUGAACCAGGAAAACCUAGGAGGUUUAUUAACCAGAUACAGCAUGUGCUCUCCUGCCAGUCCCAAAAUCCUGUACAGGAAUCCCCGGUUCCUCCGGGUAGCUUUUCUGCAGCUUCAUCACCAGCAGCAGAGUGGUGUGUUUUGUGAUGCCCUUCUGCAGGCAGAGGGUGAGGCUGUCCCAGCCCACUGCUGCAUCCUGUCUGCCUGUAGUCCCUUCUUCACAGAACGCUUGGAGCGGGAAAGGCCAGUUCAAGGUCGGAAGGUGGUGCUGGAGCUGGGAGGCCUAAAGAUCCAGACACUAAGGAAGCUUGUGGACUUCCUGUAUACGUCAGAGAUGGAAGUAUCUCAGGAAGAAGCCCAGGAUGUGCUGUCUGCUGCCCGUCAGCUCCGAGUGUCAGAGCUGGAAACCCUUCAGCUAGAGGGCGGGAAGUUAGUAAAGGCUCCUCAGGGCCGAAGACUUAACAGAGAGUGCUUACAACCACCAAGUGCUGCACCAAUCUCUGCCAGAGUAGUGGUACCCAGGAGCCGCCCUCGAACUCCACUGCCUGUCACCCAAACUCCAAGUCCUCUUGGGGCAGUGAAGUUGAAGUCCUUAGGGGAAGAAGAGGGGGCUCACAAAAAGAGCAACCUACCAAAUGCAGAUAACUUGUCAGACACUCUUCUACUCAAGAAGAAAGCCAGAGUUUGCCUGACUCAAGAAAGAAGUUCAUCUCCAUCAAGCCAGAGAGAAGGGCCUAAGGAAAACAAGAGUAACCCUGGUUCCACAGCACUCCCCAGUUUGUACCCUUCUGUGGAUGAGCAACUUUUGCCCAGAAAGAUCAGGCUGAGCCGCUCAAAGCCAUCCCCCCAUGUCUAUACAUCUAAGCCUUCCAGCAUGUUAAGUGGUCCCAGCUCAAUGCCCACAGCCCCUGGCCGGCGUCUUUGGAGACAGAGAACUGUAAGUGAAGCAACACAGGGUGUAGAUAAGCAGAAGCCAGGAGAAGUUAGUACUCUACAGAGCACUCCAGACCCACCUGAUGUCGGGAAGACAGGUGGGAAGAAGCAGCCAAGCCCUGAAUCCAGAGCCCCUGCCUCCAAUUCUGUAGAGGAGGGGCAGGUUGGAAGAGUAAAACUUAGAAAGAUUGUCAAUGGUACCUGCUGGGAGGUUGUACAGGAGCCUCCCAUCAGAAACACUCAAGAUAGCCCCCAGAUCCUAGAAUCCUCAGAUGCAGAUGAGCCUCCGGGAACUCUGCUGUCCUCAGUUAAUGAGCAGGAAAUACCUGCUAGAAUACAACUGUGUCAUGACUCCCCUGAGAACUCUAGACUUCAAGACAUUCUGCUCUCUGCUAGCCACUCCCCAGACCACCCAGUGGUGAAGUCAGAGUUUGGGUCCAGUCCAAUGCUGACAGGGAAGGAACCUGAGUUGAAUAUUGACUGCAGAGAGCCCUACACAUUUGACACAACCUUGCUUAGCCAACCUUGUGAGGCUGAGCAAUAUCGAAUCACAAGUGCUGCAGCCACCAGUGAACUGGAAGAGAUUUUGGACUUUAUGCUAUGUGGCUCAGAUGUUGAACCACCAGUAGGAUCUUUGGAGAGUCCUGGGGCUGAAGGCUGCAGAACCCCAAGUUAUCACCUGUCAGAAACAGGAAAGAAUUGGAUUGAAGGGGAAGAAUGGUGUUUGCCAGACAUGGAACUCUGGCCCAGAGACCUCACAGGAUUGGAAAAAGAACCAGUUGGUGAGAACAAAGAGCCAGUUGAGCCCUUUAGUCCCCUUGUCAUGCGCUCUGAGAACACAGAAUCAAUUGAGCCCCUCAGCCCCCUUGUCAUGCCCUCUGAGGUGAGUAGAGAGGAACUUUCUCUAAGAGGCUCUUGGACUCCAGACCUUGAAAUUACCAGCUCCCAGCCACUGGAUGGUCAGGGAGAAAAACUUAUCCACCUUGACUCCUCUGACCCUUCCCAGAGGUCUUAUAGUGAUCUCUCUCCUCCAUGCCCAAACUGGGCCGACACAGGGCUGGAAGUGUCCCUAGGCAUGGAUGAGGUAUUGUGUCCUGUUCCCAAGGCAGUCAGGGAAGUGUCUGCCAACCCUGAACUGCUGGACCCAUUUCCUGGCAGUUCUGAAGAUGAAGAGAUUGAUGUGGUAGACUGGACAGUGGAAGGGAAGCUGGGGCCCACUAGUGUUCCCUCUGUCUGGCCUGAUCCUUCCUCAGAGUCAGAAACAGAGGUAGAUAUACUAACAUAGUAGAGGUAGGAGGGCAGGUUAGAGCUCUUAGGAGGGUGACAACUAUUCAUGAACAAAAAGCUGUGUCAGAAAAACAAGCAUGUCUCCUCCUCUCAGCACUGAUCUCCCCUCAGGUUUGUGCACCAGGCAGAAGUCAAAUAAAUAGCAAUACCAUGGAUAGAGAAUUAUGAACAAUGCUAUUUCUUUGUAAUCCAUUUUUCAGUGAUAAAACUCUGGUCCCCAACUCUGGUCAUAAGAAUAGUUAUGAAUAGGCCUCUCUCAGUUCAUGAGACACAGUCACUGAAAAUUCAAGAAAACUUCAAACACUGUAUUCAAAGAAUGUUUGAGAAGAAAUGAAGCCAUUUUUUGGCAGAACACUGAAAUGAGUGGGCUCUCUAAAUUGCCCAGGCUGGCUUUGAACUUUGACUUCUGCCUCAGCCUCCUGUAGCUAGUAUUACAGGCCUGUGCCACUAAGGCCAGCCUAUGGGGCUUACUCACUGCCGGUAUGGGAAGUCAUGAAAAGCUGCCACAGAAGCCAGAAAGAUGUUACUUCCAUGGCCACUUCCAAGAAGUAGAUUAAAAGUAGUUGAUUUAAAAAACA